UAUACAUUUCCAGCAAAUAGAACAAAAUGCCCUGAAGAAGAAGAAAGUCGAGAGUGUGAUAUUGAAAGUGUUUGGUGUCUGACUAAAUGGCCCAAACCAAAAGGAAAUCAGGUUACAAUAAAAACAAAUAUGAAAAGGCAGAAAAACCUUAAUAUUUUAGAAUCUGGUACCAGAGAAUGUGUUAUUUUUUGCUUGAAUUUACUUAAACUAACAUUAGUGAAAACGGCAGCUGAUUCGAUUGGCUGACAACUUAUAAAUAGAUUCAGCUUUAUUACAGAAUAAACUGCGCCGGAGAAAUGAUUGACCAUUUCUCCUUUUGUCUACCUGUCCCAUUAAAGCUGAGUCAGGCCAGUGGAAGCUUGACUCAAACAGCUGAGGGAUAUAAAGGGAGAGGGAGAGGAGGGACAGAAGGCUUGUGAGUGUACUGGUAGCAUGGUCGAGUGCUGGACUUUGGCACCGGCCAUCCAUCUGUCACUCUCUUACACCCUCCCUGGCACUGACAGGUCAUGGCAACGACAGCCUGUGACGGAUGACUAAUCUUCCCCUGGUAAUGAAUGUGACACCGUCCCCUGAAUGCCAAGAGGGUGCUGAUGGUGAAGGUGCAUUGGCAACGAGGACGCUCAUAUGAUGAAUGGUAUGCAAGCGUGUUCGCCCCAAUGUGUGUGUGUGUGUGUGAGUGUGUGUGCCAAGUGGGCUACAGAAGCUGCCAGGUCAGGGAGAACCUCCAGUGAGAAUAUCAUGAAUCAUGGUCUGCAAACAUUGAUGUACUGCCUCCUUCCCCCUGUGUUUGUUUGUGAGGGAAGAGGGGGAAGGAAAAGAAAGAGCCUAAAUGAAUCAGUGCAUGUAAAAAAUUAGAUUUGCACCAUGGGAUAAUGAUGGAAACAUGUCAUGUGUAGGUGGGAAAUUCAUUGCUGCUCUGGAUGAUGUAUGCACUGUCCUGUUCAGACUGGUGGAGCCAGCAGCACCAGUCACAUCGUCUUGACUGUGUGUUGAGUAGCUGAGACCUGUCUUAUCUUCACCUCAUAAUGCGCAGGCGUGAUCCUAUCUGAGCCCAGCGAGAGAAAAAAAAAACUGUUUCCAUCUGAACUAGACGUCGUGUGCGCUGCGCUUCUGAGACGGAUGCUGAGUUUGAGGAGGAUUGUGUGUUUAUUUUGCGUUUCGUGCGUAAAGACAGCACAGACAUGAAUGCUUCUUCGCUCGCUGAUCUCGCCGAGCUUCACGAUCCAACCUGUGGAUAGUGUGGAGCGCGUCUGUGGCCACCUCCGGGACGCUCUGCCUCCUCCACCUCCUCCAGCAGCCCCGCUGUGCGCGUGUUCCAGCCGCUUGGCUCCGGUCUGUGUCUCGUCGCGGGACCCGGCGUUCCCUUUCACCCCACAAGCGGCGAGGCAGGUAUUCAGUUUAUGAAUGGCACUGGCAUGGAGGAAAUACCGUUUCAGAAAGUCAAAACCAGGCGGAAGAGAGGUCACUGCCCACCGAGUGUCCCCCUGACCACCAUCGCAUGCGAGGACGAGUUCGACUGCAAGGAGCUGGAGUCCCUCUUCCAGAACUACAACCUGAAGCUGGAGCAGACGUCCACCCUCAAAGCGCUGGCCGUGCUCAUCUUCCUGUCCUCCGCACUGGCCGUGGUGGAGUUGCUGUCCGGCCCCAGCCUCACCAUCUCCAAGGGGUCCCAUCCGGUGCACUGUGUCAUCUUCGUCUCCCUGUUCAUCGUAACCAACGUCAAGUACCUGCAGGUGACUCAGCUGCAGCAGAUCGUCAACCUGACGCUGCUCUUCGGCUUCACCUUCUCCUUCCUGUGCUGCCCCUUCUCCCUGGGCGCGAUGGGGAUGGAGCCGCCGACGUCCCCGGAGCAGGGCAUGUGGCAGCUCAUCCUGGUCACCUUCGUCGCCUACGCGCUCCUACCUGUGCGCACGCUCCUGGCCGUGGUGUUUGGAAUAAUGGUCUCCAUCUCGCACUUGAUUGUGACGGCCACUUCUGUCACCGUGAAGACGCAGCGGCUCUGGAGAACGUUGGUUGCCAACACAGUCCUCUUCACCAGUGUCAACCUGUCAGGGCUGUUUGUGCGCAUCUUGACAGAGCGAGCCCAGAGGAAGGCCUUCCUUCAGGCUCGCAACUGCAUCGAGGAGAAGCUCCAAAUGGAGGACGAGAACGAGAAGCAGGAGCGCUUGCUAAUGAGUCUGUUGCCCAGGAACGUAGCUAUGGAGAUGAAAGAGGAUUUCCUGAAGCCCCCGGAAAGGAUCUUUCACAAAAUCUACAUCCAGCGCCACGACAACGUCAGCAUCCUGUUUGCAGAUAUAGUCGGUUUCACCAGUCUGGCCUCCCAGUGCACAGCCCAGGAACUGGUGAAACUGCUAAAUGAGCUGUUUGGGAAGUUUGAUGAGCUUGCCACGGAGAAUCACUGCCGCAGGAUCAAGAUCUUGGGCGACUGUUACUACUGUGUGUCUGGACUGACCCAGCCCAAGACCGACCACGCCCACUGCUGUGUGGAAAUGGGUCUGGACAUGAUUGACACCAUAACGUCAGUGGCAGAGGCCACAGAGGUCAACCUGAACAUGCGCGUGGGCUUGCAUACAGGUCGGGUGCUAUGUGGAGUGCUGGGCCUCAGGAAAUGGCAGUACGAUGUCUGGUCCAAUGAUGUGACCCUGGCCAACGUGAUGGAGGCUGGGGGACUACCUGGGAAAGUCCACAUCACCAAAUCGACACUGGAGUGUCUGAAUGGAGACUAUGAGGUGGAGCCUGGAAACGGCCACGAAAGGAACCCCUUCCUCCUGAAACAUGAAAUUGAAACCUUCUUUAUUGUGCCAUCUCACCGACGGAAGAUAUUCCCAGGAUUGAUUCUUUCGGAUAUAAAGCCCGCCAAAAAGAUGAAGUUCAAAACAGUGUGCUACUUGCUAGUGCAGCUUAUGCACUGCAGGAAGAUGUUCAAGGCUGAGAUUCCCUUCUCCAAUGUGAUGAACUGCGAGGACGGUGAUAAGCGGAGGGCCAUGAGGACGGCGCCGCAGAAGCUGAGGAGCCGCCCCAACGCCAACCAGGCCACCGUGGUCCAGAGCAGCCCCAGAACGCGGGUCAACCGCUACAUCGGGCGGCUGAUCGAGGCCCGGCAGACCGAGUCGGACACGGCGGACCUCAACGUCCUCACGCUCAUGUACAAGUGCUCCGAGCAUGAGCAGAGGUACCACCAGGUCCCGGAUGAGUACUUCACCAGCGCAGUGGUCCUCUCUCUGGUCCUUGCUGCCUUGUUUGGCCUUGUCUACCUUCUCAUCAUACCACAGGGCACAGUGAUACUUGUCCUUCUUGUCUUCUGCAUCUGUUUUCUAGUAGCUUGUAUCAUGUACCUGCACAUCACUCGAAUACAGUGUUUUCCAGGGUGCCUGACCAUUCAGAUUCGCACUGCCCUCUGUAUUCUCAUAGUGGUCUUAAUCUACGCUGUGGCCCAGGCCUGUGUGGUGGGCUGUAUGCCCUGGCUGUGGGGCAGUGCCAACACCAACAGCUCCAUCCUCAUCAUCGAUGGCAUCAGCGGCGCCAACCACACCAUGGCGGAGCUGCCUUGCGAGGGUGCCCGCUACGCCUUCCUCUCCUGCGUGGUGGGCACCCUCACGCUGGCGCUUUUCCUGCGGGUCUCCUGGCUGCCAAAGGUGGCGCUAAUGUUCCUCCUCGGGGUGCUGUACAUCACAGUGUUGGAGCUCAGUGGCUUUCGCGGGAAGGAAGGUGGGGGGUCCUUCCACAUCCGGGGCUAUGAGCCCAUCCUGUCUCUGUUGCUCUUUGUCAGUGCCCUGGCCCUCCACUCCAGGCAACUCGACCUCAAACUGCGCCUGGACUUCCUAUGGGCUGUGCAGGCGGAGGAGGAGAGAGAUGGCAUGGAGAAAGUCAAGCUGGACAACAGGCGGAUUCUCUUCAACCUCCUGCCGGCGCACGUGGCUCAGCACUUCCUGCUGUCAAACCCCAGGAACAUGGUGAGCCUCGCUAGUAGACAGGCAGGCAGACAAACAGAGAACCAGGAUCUGUACUAUCAGUCCUACGCACAAGUGGGCGUUCUGUUUGUCUCCAUUCCAAACUUCAACGAUUUCUACAUCGAGCUGGACGGAAACAACAUGGGAGUGGAGUGCCUCAGACUCCUGAAUGAGAUCAUUGCAGACUUCGACGAGCUCAUGGACAAGGAGUGCUACAAAGACAUAGAGAAAAUCAAAACCAUUGGCAGCACAUACAUGGCAGCUGUGGGCCUUGUCCCCACCAUUGGUACCAAGGCCAAAAAAUCUGUUUACGACCACCUCAGCACAAUAGCAGACUACGCCAUUGAGAUGUUUGAUGUUUUGGAUGAAAUCAACUACCAGUCAUACAAUGAGUUUGUCCUGAGAGUGGGAAUCAAUGUAGGCCCAGUGGUCGCUGGGGUCAUUGGGGCACGGCGACCCCAGUACGACAUCUGGGGGAACACGGUGAAUGUGGCCAGUCGCAUGGACAGCACCGGAGUACCGGGAAAGAUACAGGUGACAGAGGAGGUCUAUCGCUUGCUGAACAACAACUACGACCUGGUGUGCCGCGGCAAAGUCAGCGUUAAGGGCAAAGGUGAGAUGCUGACCUACUUCCUGGAGGGGAAAGUUCAGGGUGUGGGCACCGCCACCGUCUCUUCAGUGAUGCGCUCCGCCAGCUUGGCGCGUCGCAUCCACUCCUGUGGGAAGACGAGCGUCCCGACCAAUCUGGGCAGCAUCUCCACCGCCAGCCUGGCCGCUCACGCUGGCGUGGGCAGCAGCAGCGUCCAAAUGAACGCCGCCAACAGCAGCAUCAGCCAAGUGACUUGUCUCCCCUCCUCCAGCGUGCCUGCAGUGGGCGAGGAGGACGAGGAGGACAUUGAGGAGACGGAGAUUAAGAUCGAGGCUGUGGCCGCCGCUGCAGAUGUGUAGGGAAGAAAAACAGGGACUGUAAACCGAGCAGGAAAAAAAGUGAAAGAACACCCUGGCUGGAGGCCGAGAGACGACGGGGCUGUUCAGGUAUUUCCUUUAAAUCCAGAGCCACUGGCAAAACCCAGAAUACGCUCAUUCAGGAUAUGAACUUUCAGAGAGAUGACGUGGUGAUACAGACAAUCAUACUCGCCCUUAGGGAAGACAAACGAGGAGUGAAAGAGAAAGAUGCUCACAAUCUCUAAUCGUCUUUUUAACAUUUCUAUACCAGAUAAAUAGAUGUGUGGUGUCACUGGGUUCCCUCAGAUCCAGGUAUAAUGUGCAUCUUCAUUUUAUAUAUUUAUAUUCUACAUAUUCCAUGUGCAGGGGAUAUGUGCAUUGAUAUCCUGAAAAAAAAAAAAGACUUAUCAUGCUAUUUGCUUUUGCACUGUCUUUCUGAUUAUGCCAAGGAUACAUUGCGUUAAUUACGGUGUAAAAUUGUGUUUUUUUUCACGGUGGGUGUAAGCAUGCAUGUGUGUACCUGUGAGCGUGUGUGUAUGCAUGUGUGGUUUAAUUCUGAAUUGUAACGAAACAGCACAAAGUACUUUUUUUUCUACUCUGAGCUCCUUGGAUGAAACAGGCUUUCUCCCCCCCCCGAGAUAUCUUCCCCGUUAAUAGUGCAUGACUUUUAAAGUUGACAGCCAUAGUGACUCCAAGUUGAAAGAAAACCAAAGUAACUGAGCUUUGAAAGAUCUUUAUUUUUUCACCCCUUUACAUUGCCUCACCAUCAGAGAGAAGAGGAAAGAUUCGGCAGUAGGUUGAACAUGCUCUGCACAUUGCUCUUUUAGACGCCAUCGGAGUCUCUAGUUGUCUUUUUCUGAACCCAGGAUAACGUUUCAGAGAAUACGUGAUGCUCUUACUUUGCCCUGAUUCACAGACAGUGGUGGCUUUGAGAGUGAAGAGGCAGCAAAGGUCAAAGGUCAGUGUGAAAACCUAAAAAGAUAUUGUACUACUUGGACGACAAGAUGGACGAAAGCUGAUAUGCAAAGUCUGGACCAGUGGCAAAGGAUUGAUGAGGACCAAUACAUGUCUAUGUAUAAUGUGCAUUUAUCCACACAGAAGGAGCACAUCCAUUACUAGAGCACACACACACACACGCACACACACACACACGCACACACACACACAUUAAGCACACAACCUCCUGAAAUGCACACCCUCGUCCUUCACUCACGGCCUCUAGACACGAUUUAUGUACAUUCACAUAUUCCUCCCCCUCAGCAGUGUCCGGCUGCCUUCGUCUUUCAGGCAAACGUAACCUCCCCCCCGGCUUUUUGCUACAGUCGAACUGAGCAGCUACAAGCUUUAGCGCCUCUCUCUUUCAGAUACAGCCUCAGAAAACGAGGGGCUCUUCAGAUAUCCUCUUUAUCAACCUAUAUAUACAUUAAAAAUAUAUAUAUAUAUAAAUAUAUGAAACUUUGACUUGAUCUGCAAAAGUGUACAUACACAAUGUUUCAAGUUUUCUGCCUUACUCAAUAAGCUUACCGUGAUUGCAACCUGCCUUUUUAGAUAUAUUCACUUUGAUAUGCAGAUCAUACUUUUUUUGUAAAUAGCAAAGAAGCUGUAAACUAUGUUGUAUCUUGUACAGUUUGAAGUUGGGUUAUUGAAUAUUUUGUAAUAAAGACAAUAUUGGUGUAUAAGAUAU